AUGGCUCUCCUGAACAGGAAGUGCAUCUGUGACCUGUGUUCCUGUGGUAGGCAUCAUUGUCCCCAUAUCCCUACCAAGAUCUAUGAAAAAACGGAGUCACCAUGUCAUCUCUCCGAAUACACCGAAAAGUACCCAUACCAUCACUCUUACCUGCCAAGUGAGUCGUUCAAACCUAAGGCGGAAUAUCACAAAGGACCUGUCCCGAUGGAAGGCUUGAGUACAACCAAAAGAGAUUUUGUGCCUCACAAAACCGUACCAGUGAGAUACCAACAAAAUGACAACCUCGGUCUAAGCCAAGACAAUAUGGAUUUCCUCACGACAUAUAGACAGCACUACAACCACUACCCUGUCUGCCGAGUGAAUGCCAUCAAACCUCGGGAUAAUAAAAAUCCAUGUCCGGACAAGAUGGAGUAUGUGCCAACAUACAGAGCUCAUUAUUUGCCUUGGCGCCAAGAGAGAAGACCUAUGAUUUGUCCUCCACCCAACUUCUUACCUGGUUCUGGAAAGUUUGAUCACAAAACUACACACCAGGAGGACUUCACCAGAAAGACUCUUGUAGAAACUGCCAGUUACAAACCACCAUUUGUACGGUAUCUGACUAACAUCCCUUUAGAGGACGAGACUAGCUACAAGGCAAGCUAUGUGGCCCAUCCUAUCAAGAAGCUACCGGUGCAUAAGGCAGAGGACUUUAAACCCUGUGAAAUCCCCUUUGACGGCCUCACCACCCACAAAGAUUCCUACAAGGGCUUGACAGGGGAGCCUGCCAAGAUGUGGAUCCCUCCUCCAGUCAGGCCUCUUGGGCCAGAAAAAUAUAUUUCCCAACACACCGAGUUUCGAGACCAGUUCCAAGCUUGGCCCACACCGAAACUUGUGCCCAAAGAGCCCAUUCCUUACGACCCUCCUGAAGGAAAGCUGAAUCUGCUGACAACUGUGCAAGCGGACUAUUCAUACCCUAAUGCUACACCUGCUAAGUCCUGCCGACCCGUGCCCAAGAUUAAGAAGAAUGGACACUUUGAAGGCUCCUCAACCACCAAGGACGACUACAAGCACUGGACCGUCCCCCGGAGAGAGCCAGUCAAACCUGUAAUCCAGGUGAAAUUUCAGACUGCACCUAUGGAUUACAUGACCACCAACCGAGCUCAUUAUGUGCGCCACAUGCCCGCCAAUACCAAAAGCUGCAAACCUGUCUGGACUGGUCCUCCAGAAAACGUCCCUGUAGAAGGUCAGACCACCUACUCCAUCAGCUUUACCCCCAAGAAACUUGAAAAAUGCCCAGCCUCAUACUCUGAACCUCCUGGCUAUGUCUUUGAGGAAGUAAAUUCAAUGGGGCACAGAUUAUAUAGGCCAAUUUCCCAUACAGUCACCCAGCAGAACAGCAAUCUUUCCAUGGGUGAUGUGAAAAAAUUCUAA